CAAUGGUGAAGCGGCAGUCAGGGCAAAAUAUUGUUGUGUUGACGAGAACAAAAGUAUUUUAAACAGAAGGAGGUCUUUGUAGAGAUGUUCGCAAAUAAGAAGGCUUGGUUUUCGGAUAGUGUGUCACCAACUUUUCGCGAAUUCUGGCUAUUGGAGUGUGGAAUACUUACAGGGUGGAGAACAGCAGACUAUCUUUUCAGUGAAGAUGCUACACACCCUGAUACACUCAGGAUUUUUAGGAGUGAGGCUUACCUGUGGGAGAAGGUUACUGUUUUUCACAGCUUUUUCCUGAAUGCAUGUCAGAAGCGAAAGAGUAUAAAGUCGGUCAGCAUCGGUCACUAUGUGCUGCCUCCUGUCCCAGUGCAGGAUGCAGUGAGAAACGUGAUUGGGAGGUUUAUUUGGGAGUAUGAAGAGGACCAGCCAGGCGCACGGGAAAGUUUUACCAUCCGGGCAGAAGCAAAGUGUGGCAUUGACAGGUGUGUUUGCAUAUGA